UUCUAUUUCCGUAUUUCUGUGCUGACCGUCUCCCUCUUCUCUUUUCCUCUCCGAGAAGGAGAAGAUCCCUGAUUCCUUCUUCGUUUAAUAGUUCCUUUUCUCUGGCUUCUUAAGACCUCUCACCUUAUCGUUCUUUGUCUUCGGAAAAUUCGCUUUUGGAAGUGUUCUUCCAUAUCGUUUUCUCCACCUAGCGAUCGAGACGAUCAAGGAAAAAUUUUCUCACCGGGAGGAAAGCGAAGAAGCUUCCUGGUUUCGGAGAUUGUUCCAGAGCAUUCGUCGACAAAAAACAUUGAGGAUUCCUCUGCUCUCUGCUUCUUCUUCUUGAGGUAUCAUUGGCAAUUUGGUUUACUCUGUUGACAAAUAGAGAAAGAAAAUCGAUUUAGGCAAUUUCGUAGUUGCACUUGCUGAAAUAUCAUCAGCUUUCCUUAAUAAAAACGUCGGAUCACCUUUCCACUGAAAGCUUUUUAACAUAAAAGGUUAGUUCUUUUCAGGUUCAAUCAAAGUUCUCAAUCCGUCAGCCGAGAUCUCCUGUUAUUGAUUUUUGUGGGUAGCUCUUCUUUAGGACUGCGAGUUUCACCGUUGUGUUUGGGUCUUCUAUAAGCUCAAAAUCAUAUCUGUUUUCUCUUAUCCCUCUGUCCAUUUUGCGGUAUCAAGAUGAUGUGCUCUGUAAGGCCAUCGGGAACUACUCUCACUGUCUCAGAUGUCUCAAGGUUGCGGCCAAAGUCGUCUGUUCCACAAUCCCGGAUAUCGUUGUUUCCCUCCAUGUUGUCUGCCAAAAAGCCUGAUUCUGGUCUAUGGACCAGGAAACCUCUGUAUAUUUCCUCCCUUCAAGGUUUUGGAUCCUUUGAAGGUGCAAAACCUCGCAAGCCCAUUAUUGAGUGCAAAGCAUAUGAGGCCGAUCGAUCGCAGCCGAUAGACGCCAACAUUGAGCUCCCCGACCAGAAGGCUCGCUCGGCAGCAGCGCAGAAACUGAAAAUCGGCAUCUACUUUGCAAUUUGGUGGGCUUUGAAUGUUGUUUUCAACAUCUACAACAAGAAAGUCCUAAACGCUUUUCCGUACCCCUGGCUCACAUCCACCCUGUCUCUCGCAACUGGGUCACUAAUGAUGUUGAUUUCAUGGGCUACAAGAAUCGCGGAAGCACCGAAAACCGAUCUGGACUUCUGGAAAACCCUCUUCCCGGUCGCGGUCGCACAUACCAUCGGCCAUGUGGCAGCCACGGUCAGUAUGUCUAAGGUUGCUGUUUCGUUCACCCACAUCAUCAAGAGCGGUGAACCUGCUUUCAGUGUCUUGGUUUCAAGGUUUCUCUUGGGUGAGACGUUUCCGGCAGCGGUUUAUCUGUCUCUUCUGCCGAUUAUCGGAGGUUGUGCACUUGCUGCUGUCACUGAACUCAACUUCAAUAUGACUGGCUUUAUGGGCGCUAUGAUAUCGAAUCUGGCAUUCGUGUUCCGAAACAUAUUCUCAAAGAGAGGGAUGAAGGGAAAAUCCGUCGGUGGCAUGAACUACUACGCUUGUCUCUCUAUGUUGUCCCUUUUGAUCCUCACUCCUUUUGCCAUUGCUGUAGAGGGACCCCAGAUGUGGGCAGCUGGAUGGGAAAAAGCAAUCUCUCAAAUUGGACCCCAUUUCAUAUGGUGGGUGGCGGCUCAAAGUGUGUUCUACCACCUAUACAAUCAGGUCUCAUACAUGUCGUUGGAUGAAAUCUCCCCCUUGACAUUUAGCAUUGGGAAUACCAUGAAGAGGAUUUCUGUCAUUGUCUCUUCUAUCAUCAUUUUCCACACACCCGUCCAGCCCAUCAAUGCUAUGGGAGCUGCUAUCGCAAUCCUUGGAACCUUCCUUUACUCCCAGGCAAAGCAGUAAGGGAGGUGAGGCCAAUAGAGAUAGAGCUCAAAGUCAUGUUGUGGAGAAGAUGGAAGGACAGCGCAGCGGGAUGGGAUCGAUUGGUUAGAGUUGGUUGUUGAUAAAAUGAGCAUUCAUAGUUUCAUAGCCCAAGAGCAUUAGAUUUUGGUCGGGAGGGACCAACGGCUUUUCUUGUCUUAUUGUAGAUAAGAAUAAAAAGAACAAUAUUUUUUUUUUACAGAAUAGCCAGCCCAGCCAUUAAUUAGUAGAUAAUUAAUUGAUUUUAUCUUUGUUUUGUUUUUAUCCCGGGACCGGGAGGAGGGUGUUAACAAAUAUAUAUUUAUUAAAAUAAGAAGAAUCCUGGAGAGCUGAUAUCUAUUUUGACGCAA